AUGGCAAUUAUCUCAAACGGGGAAGCGCAAAGUUCUCAAGAUUACUUUCCGGCCAUUGAUAACCCGUCGGCACAAAACGUAUCAUACUAUACCCCCGCCCAAGAACCCGUAUCUGGGACAGGUCUGAGUACGACAACUGGCGCCCCGGUUCCCAAGCUCUUCUCGCCUCUCACUGUACGAGGCCUCACCUUUCAGAACCGUCUUUUUCUUGCGCCUCUCUGUCAAUAUUCAGCUAAGAAUGGAUACGCAACGGACUGGCACUUGACUCACUUGGGCGGAAUCAUCCAGCGUGGACCGGGGUUCACUCUCAUGGAAUCAACUGCCGUGCAAGAAGAGGGCCGCAUCACCCCUCAGGACAUCGGCCUGUGGGAAGACGGCCAGAUCGAGCCCCUGAGACGCAUUGUCGAAUUCGCCCAUAGCCAGGGCCAGAAAAUCGGUAUCCAACUCAGCCAUGCCGGCCGAAAGUCUAGCACCGUGGCGCCCUUCCUACACAUGAACGCUACUGCGAGCGCGAAUGUCGGCGGUUGGCCUGAUAAGGUGUACGCCCCGUCAGCGCUGCGAUUCAACGAUGCCUAUCCGCAGCCAAAAGCCAUGACUAUCACCCAGAUUCAGGAGUUCAAGGCGGCGUUUGUGGCUGCGGUCAAGAGAGCUGUGACAGCUGGGUUCGACGCCGUCGAAAUUCAUGCCGCCCACGGGUACCUUAUCCACCAAUUUCUAAGUCCCAUCAGCAAUCAGCGCAGCGAUGAAUACGGCGGGAGCUGGGAAAAUCGUGUGAGGCUGGUACUUGAGAUCACGGAUAUGGUCCGAGCUGCCAUUCCGGAAGACAUGCCCUUGUUCGUGCGGAUCAGCGCGACGGAUUGGUUCGACAAUAUGAAGGAGGAGUUUCCGGAGAGCUGGACCGUUGCAGACUCGUGCAAGUUGGCGCCCAUCUUGGCUGAGAAAGGGGUCGACUUUCUGGAUGUCAGCUCUGGGGGCAUUCAUCCUCUGCAGUCCACAAGCAUCAAGUCCGGCCCCGGAUACCAAGCACCUUUCGCUAAGGAGAUCAAGAAGGCGGUUGGGGACAAGAUGAUUGUGUCAGCCGUGGGAGGCAUCAGCACCGGCAUAAUGGCAGAGGGGUUCCUCCAAUCUGGGAUAGAUGUGAUUAUGUGCGGGCGCUGGUUUCAGAAGAACCCGGGUUUGGUGUACGCUUACGCUGACGAACUUGGCGUUAAUGUCAAGAUGGCCAAUCAAAUCGGAUGGGGCUUUGGAGGUCGUGGCAAGGGAAAGAAAUAG